AUGACAAAGCCCCCGCCUCCUCCAGCCCUCCCCGCCGGUGGUCUCCCCUUCACCACCUCCCCCGCCGUGGCCGACCUCAACAUCCCCAUCCGGAGCUUCCUCUCCACCCACACCCAAUUCGUCGGUGCCGCCAUCGGCGCCCUCGUCUACUCCCGCGCCACCGGAACCGACCGCGUCCUUCUCAUCCAGCGUGCCGCGCACGAUUCGAUGCCGCUACAGUGGGAGAUCCCCGGUGGCGCGGCGGACGGAAAGGAUGAUUUUACCCUGAUGCAUGCCGCGGUGCGGGAGUUGUGGGAGGAGGCCGGGCUCAAGGCGAAGAGGGUGGUGAGGCAGGUUAGUGGGAUACAUCCGUUGAUUACGAGGAGGAAGAACCUUGUCGGGAAGGUUACGUUUGAGGUGGAGGUGGAGGUUGAGGAGGAGAGUGAGAAGAAGCUGCCGAAGGUGACGUUGGAUCCGAAUGAGCAUGCGAGGUUUCUCGAUGCAAUGGCCACACCCCCGUCACCUCCCGGAGGAAGCGCACCGUCGUUGUUCAACUCAUCAGAGCCGUUUCGCGGCGUUGUCGUUUGCUGCACAAGUAUACCGACGGAGUUGAGGGCCAACAUCGCAGCCAAAACGACCGAGCUGGGCGGCCAGCACAAAUACGAUCUAACCCCCGACUGCACCCACCUAAUCGUCGGCGACUACGCAACCCCAAAAUACCGCCAUGUCGCCAAGGAGCGCCCCGACGUGCGCGUCAUGGACGCCGGCUGGGUCGAAGCCGUGCGCAAUCUCUGGGUCGAAGACGCCGACAUCGAUUUCCUCGCCCUCGAAAAACAGUGGCAGCUACACACCUUCGAGGCCGGCAGCAGUAAUGGCGAGCUGAACGCGGACGGCACCAUGCCCGAGCGUAGGAGGCUGUUGUGCUGUAUGACGGGUUUCGAAGACGCCGACGAGCGCCAGCGCAUCAGCGACAAGAUCGAGGCCAACGGCGGGUUGUAUACGGGGGACCUGACCAAGCGGGUCACGCACCUGAUUGUGCACAAGCCGGAGGGGCGCAAAUACCACGCCGCCAAAACCUGGGGCGUCGCGACGGUUUCGGUUGAAUGGGUACAUGAGAGUGUGGAACGCGGCCUGAUCUUGGAUGAAACUCUCUAUGAUCCGAUCUUGUCCCGCGAGGAACGCGGGGCGGGCGCGUGGAACAGGGAGCGCUCGCGGGUGUCUUCUCUGGGCAAGAGGCUGAGGGAGUACAAUGCGGCGCAGGAGGAGGGCAAGCGUAAACUGCGCAAGACGGCGAACAUGAAGUUGAACCACCAGCGGGACAAUAUAUGGGGAGAUAUCCUGGGGAAGCCUCAGACUGCCGCUACUGCUGCUGCUUCUCAAGCAUCCGCUCCAGGGUCGGCUGCGCUACCAACGCAGGCGACACAACCCACCCAGCCAACCGGUGGCGAGUCAGCCGAAACCCGGGGUUCCAAGCUAUCCUCGUUCGGCGUUCCGGAAGACAGCGGCGUCUUCGCCUCGUGCUGUUUCUUCGUGCACGGCUUCUCCCAGCGCAAAACCGAGAUUCUCACCAACACCGUGGCCUCACUCGGUGGGCUAGUCUGCCACACCCUCGAGGAGGUGGUGUCCAUGUCUGGCGCCCAGAUGGCCCACCGCUUCCUCGUCGUCCCACAGACCGCCCAGCCCGAUACCCAUCCACCAGUUCCCGAGACCGUCCACGUCGUAACCGAGUUUUAUAUCGAGCGGUGUCUGCAUAAGAAAUACUUUUUCGACCCAGCGGAACACACAAUCGGCCGGCCGUUUCCGGUGUUUCCGAUUGUGGGGUUUGAAGACUUGGUGGUGUGCACAGCCGGGUUCACUGGGGUGGAUUUGCACCAGAUGGACAAGUCGGUACGCCAGUUGGGCGCGCGGUAUGAGGAGAGGUUUACUUCACAGGUGUCCCUGCUUCUCUGUUCGUCAUUAGAUAUAGUACGGAAGCAGAAGUUGGAGCUGGCGCUGGCAUGGGGUGUACCCGUGGUGCGAGCGGACUGGCUGUGGGAAUGUAUUGCCGCAGGGGUCAACGAGGACAUCAGGCCAUUUAUGUUUCCCGAGUUGAAACAGCGCUGUGAUGGGCCGAAACUCAUUGCUCCGCCGAAGGAGAAAACUGUCCAACCCAAGGAGAAGCCGCAAAUCAAAGCUAUCGACGGAAAGCCAACGAGCAAAGACGAGAUAGAUGGUGAUUUACUGCCCAAGCCGGCCACCAAGCCGAGGCCGCGCUUGGAUCUCGGCGAGUCGGUCUUUAUCACGGCGAAAGAAGAGAUGCACGACGUCCCCCAGCGCCACAAGUCUGCAGCAGACCACAACUCAGUGACAACACACUUCGAAACGGCGCCAACCCACGCGUUCACGGUGAGCGACGCCCACAUCAGUUUCGGCGUCAAAAGCUUCGGCAGCGCCCCUCUUUCCGAGACAACCCCGAGUUCUCUCAACAAGACAUCCACUACCCGGCCGAGAUCUGCCACGCCAGCGCCUCGUAAACCCAUCGCCAGGACCACGAGCGUGGCAGAUUCGGAAGCUACCGAUGGUGAUUUCGGCGAGCCGGACGACCUGCCAACUCAAGAUGACAACGAAAGCACACCGAAGCCGGCCGAGAAACAAGCCCCACCACCGCCCGAUCCAGAAGAAGAAAGACGCCGCCGCGUGGCCGAAAAAGCCGAUGCCGAACGCCUGGCGAUCUCCAACAAACUUGUCACUUCUUUACUGGACCCCACCACCGCGGCCGCGGCCGCAGCCAUAACCACCACCGCCACCACCACCACAACAGCAACAACAACCGCCCGAGCCACGUCCGUACCAAGACAAGGCCUAGCCCGCGCCCUAUCAGCAGACGCCAGCGCAGACGAAGGCGCCGCCGCAACGCCCCUCGGCUCGCUACCAAACCCCAAACCGAAACGACGCGAACGCAAGAUCCUCGGCCGCGCAAUGAGUAACGUCUCAGCAGGCAGCAGCACAAGCGCCAGCGACUGGCGCGGCGAUGGAAACACCACGCCUACCACCGACGUAGCCAGCAACAACAACUCCAACCUCACCAUUAACACCACCAACGCCCCCACUGAGCCCGCCCAACCAGCCUCGACACAACUAGAAUACGAAGACCCCGACGCGCGACGGUACAAAGAACAGCUAAUGAACAAGAUGCUGGGGAAGGGCGGCGCGCCGAUGAGUGGUGCGUUGGCGGCGCAGCAGCAGGGGAAGUUGACGUUCAGCGAGAUGAUGGGGGAUACUGGUGGUGGUGGUCGUGGUGGUGAGGUUGGGGGGACGACGACUAGGCGGACGAGGAGGAGAUAG